AUGAAAACCAAUAAUGAGCCUUCUCUCUUCAAAUAUCGAGUACUUUAUCUAACACUUAUCUCUAUCUCUCUAGGUCCUUGAACAAAAAAACAAAAAAAUCAUCCUGGAAGCUGAUGAAGAUCAAUUCAAUUCCUUCGCCAAUGCUCUUUCCGUCGUUUAAAGGUUUCAUGACGAAAUCAAACAGUAACUCAACCCUCAACCAUCCUCGAGGAAAAUACGCGGUACUCCCAUCCCCAUCUAAUUAUUUCCCUAGUGAACUCCGACUCAGAGAAAUCCAACAAUGUGUCUCAUCCCUAUCCCAAUCCGGACAUCAAGGAAGAUCAGGACUUCAGAAGGUAUACAAACACCCUCUACCUAGACGCAUUCCUCAUUUCUUCCUCUCUCGUUUCAAGAAGUGGGCCAAAAUGAUGGAACAAGAUGCUGCCUACAAAUAUCUUCAGAAUGUGUAAGAAUCCAAGGUAAUUUCAAAUCUACCAUCACUUAGACCUCCAAACAGCAACGAUUUGAAUUAGGCGACUUGCAAAGGUGCUUUCAAGUUUAGGUUAACGAACCCAAGGAGUCCAAGCUUUGCAAGAAUUUACUCAAAGACCUUUUCAUCUCCUUCCUCUAAAAUGAAGCCACACUCCAAAUCAUUCAUUACAACAAAAUAAGUUCAAUCGAAUAAAAAGUACAAUGUGGAAUUUUAAAAUUAGCAUAAAUACAUUGCAGAAAUUAAAAAUAUGAUUUAAGAAAUGUACGAACUCAAACCUUUUGAUUCUUAUCUCUCUUCUGAGAAAAUUAAAGGCAAGAAAACAAUCGCCAACAACAUAUGCCAGUCACCAAUCCAAGAAAAACAGGAGGAACAAAGAGAUGAUUUCCAGAUCCCCCAAAUCCAAGAGAAAUAUUCCAAUGAAAGCUUUAAAAAAUACAACUAAACUCCCUCCCUUGUAAAAAUGAAUAGUUUCUAAUGA